CUUAGUGCAGCUCCUCCUCUAUGAGUCAACCUGCUGUUCUUCCUUCUUAUAACCCGCUCAGUAGUCUGGCUGCAGCUGCCAUUUUUCCUCUGCUGCCUCUAUCCUUCACACAUCACAAGCACAAUGGCAUCUGGAGUGCAAGUCGACGACCAAGUGAAGGACAUCAUCAGUGACAUGAAGGUGGUGAAGAGCGACGCGGAUGCAAACGAGCGCAUCAGACUUGUGGUCUUGGAAAUCAAAGAGGGUUAUAUCAAAGUGGAAAGCAUCUUCAGAGAAAAGGAUUUGAGCGGGGAGGAUGACAUCUUCAAGUUCUUCUUGAGUCAGUUGGACAAGGAUAAGUGUCGCUACAUGCUGUACGACUGCCACUUUGAGACCAAGGAGUCGAGCAGGAAAGAGGAGCUGGUCUUUGUGAUGUGGGCUCCUGAAACUGCACCCAUCAAGUCCAAAAUGCAGUACGCUAGCUCAAAAGACUCGCUUAAGAAGGUCUUGACAGGCAUCAAACACGAGCUGCAAAUGAACGACCUCUCAGAUUACGGCACCAGGGACCAAUUUGCAGCAAAGAUCAGCAAAAACGUUAUCAAAGUUGAAGGCCAUGAUGUCAAAUAAAUAAAAUCAAAUCCUGUUUUUGAAAAGCCAAAUCUGAUCACAACAGCUUCUAAUCUUCUGAUUCAGUUUAUUUAAUUUGGUCUCUUAAAAAUUAAAAUAAAAUGGGGUCGGGAUGAAGUUGCCAUAUCCCUCCUGUUCGUCUAAAGUUUUGUACAUAUGGUUAAAUUCUCGCAUGUUCAUGUACAAUUGAUCUGGGUACAUAAGCUGUAAAAUACCUUCAGGUUUACAAACUCAGUAUGACCGGUCUUAUAGUUUGACCCACAUCUGCAUUUCUUAGACUAUUACACUGUGGCCACUUGGAAAUACUGUACAUCUUUGUAUCUAAAAGAACUGAAAGUUACAAGAAAAUCAAUCAAUGCAUUGUCAAAUAAAGUAAGUGAAACAACUUUGUA